AUGUCUGGCCAGCGGAGAGGCCCUUGGACCUCAAAUGAGGACCAUCGCCUUAUGGCCUUGAUAUCCCUUCAUGGUGCUCAUAAUUGGGUCCUCAUUGCUCAAAUUCUCCAGACACGGUCGCCGAAGCAGUGCCGAGAACGCUAUCACCAGAAUCUUAAACCGACAUUGAAGCAUGACCCUAUCUCAGCAGAAGAAGGCCAGAAGAUUGAGACAAUGGUAGAGAGGAUUGGAAAACGAUGGGCAGAGAUUUCACGUCACAUGUCGGGACGAAGCGACAACGCCAUCAAAAAUUGGUGGAACGGAAGCCAGAACCGGCGGAAGCGCCUUGCACGCCGUCGAGAAUCACGGACGGCAGCGACAGCAGCGUCCUCGGCCAUGUCAUCCCCAUCUUUAUCAUCGCCGUCAUCGCUGUCCCCCUCGCCACCCUCACUAUUUGGCAGGACCAUGCAGCAGGCACGAUUGUCAGUCGUGAGUCCGGUGCUACCCGCACCUCGUGCUAGCCACUCAAUAUCACCUCCUUUGUUCAGUCACAGGAAUAGGAUAGGGUCUUGGAGUGAUGACUUCCUCCCGUCCCCUGGUCCAUCUGAAUCACCUGACUCUGAUUAUGGCAUCAACUACACUACAUCUCCUAGAGACCAACCGCGAAGCCUUCGUUCUCGUCAAGCCCAAGUUGAACUACCUCCACUGCGCGUAUGGGCAGAAAACAAUCCUACAGAGCCUCGACUACCUCGAAUUACGCCGGAGGGCCCAAUUGAUCAGAGAGAGUUCGAACGCCUUCCGCCACUACCUAGUCCUCGUCAGCUCAUGACAGCACCGACUUCACCUGUGCAACAAUUGAGUGAAACAAGGCCAGAGCGAGCAUCAUGGCAGAGGGAUUUUGAGCGGUUGCCGCAUACUCGUUUGCAACCGCAACAGCCAAGGUCAUCGCGUCCAACUAGUGAUGAUAUCGCUAAUGAUGCAAACAAAAAAAUGAAGCUAGCAUCACUGCUAGCGUAG